GCAGGAGCCCCCGGCCGGCGGCUCGGGGCGCGGCGCUGUGGCGAGGGCGGCAGCUCGGAGCCGCGGCUGUUCCCGUAACCAAGGCGCUGUCAGGCGCGCACACACACACGCACAGUGCGGAGCGGAGCAGACUCGGGGCCGCCUUUGCAGCUCUUUCCCUCCUGCACCAUGCUGUGUUCCAGGCAGCGCCUGCACGCCGCUCCCUGAGGGGACGGAGCCCGCCGCCGCCUGGCAGCCGGCUGCCCGCCCCCGCUCCCCGAGUUCGCUCCGUCCCGGGCACUUCGGGCUGCUGCCGCCCCAUCGCAGCGCCGUCCCCGCUCCCGCCGUGGCAGCCCUUGGGCGGCGGGGGAGCAGCCGGGAGCAGCCGCCGCCGGGGAAGAGGAGCUCCAGCUCCCACCUCCGGAGCGCUUCAUGGCGUCUCACCAGCAAACCAGGAUCCAAGCCUACCUGGAGAAGAAUAAGAUCGGUCCUCUCUUCGAGGAGUUGAUGACCAAGCUGAUAACAGAGACGCCUGACCAGCCAAUUCCAUUUUUAAUUGAUCAUCUUCAGUCUAAACAAGGGAACCGUGGUCAGCUUCAGAGAACACUGUCUGGCUCUGCCGCCCUUUGGGCAGAGAGUGAAGCAUCAGAAAAUAAAGGAACAAGGAGAGAUUUCAGAAGUUAUGAUAAGCCUUGGCAGGUAAAUGCAAAGAAGCCUAAAAAGUCAAAGAGUGACCUUGCCGUGUCCAAUAUCUCUCCACCGUCACCGGAGUCCAAGUCAUUGCCAAGGUCAAUAGAGCAUCCUAAGUGGGAUUGGAGGACAAAACCGGAGAACCAUGAUUUUGAUGAGCUAAAUCAUAUUCUUCAAGAGAGCAAAAAACUUGGAAAAGCCCUUGAGAAUCUUUCUCGCAGCAUUGCUAUUUCUGAUGAACUUGAUAAGGAGACAACAGGUUUUAAUACCCCCCUUCUCAGACCUCGUGUGAUUGGAGAAUGGAUUGGUCGUGAAGAGAAUGAUGCUGAUCCCCUGGCUGCUGAGAUGCUGCAGCCACCAAUUCCAAGAAGUAAAAAUGAGCAGUGGGACAGUGAAGACAGCAGCAGUCCUGGUGGAAGCUUAAAAAUGGAGCCAAAGACUAAAGGACUAAAACAGCAACAGCAGCAACAUAAGAAACUGCUGGCUGCCAUGCUUUCUCAAGACUCCUUUGAUUCUGCUCACAGCACAGCUCCAUCUGUAACUGAAGAAGAUAUUGACAAUGAAGAUGAUGCAAUGGAACUGCUGGAGGAUCUUGAUGACCUAAGAAUGGAAGGAGUAACAAGUCUGAUGUCUUCUGGGAGCAAAUUCAAUCAAAGUAGAAGUGCUCAUCCUGCUGAACCUCAAGCAAAGGUCACACUGAAUAUCUGUGCAAGAUGUGCCAGAUUGCAAGGAGAAAAUAUGGCAGAAAGGCCAGAAGAUGUCUCCGUGGUAACUCAAACUUCAGAGCCAGCUAUGUCAGACUCUGAUGCUCAGGUACCUGGGGUUGAAACACUUAUGGAAGAUAUUGAUGAAUUUGAGAGUGCCUCUCAAGUGACAGCAUCUUCUCAGCCAGUUUGGACUAUGGAUGCCAUGGGUGUCAGAUCUGGCGGUUCACCAAGACAGAAACUCUUAAAGGACUCCUUAGCAGCAAAAGAACUUCAGACCAUGGAAAAGCACCUAGCUGAUAUUGAAAAGGACCUAGCGCUAUGGGAAGAAGCAAGGCUCUCAAGAAGCCCUAGCAUCCAGCAUCACAGUUUAGGUACAUCUGAUCCUCAAGGCAAUCUUCAGGCUACACAGGGCCAAAAUCCAAGGCCAACACAAAUGGGGAAAAACAUUCAGCUCCAAGGAAACAAAUCUCCACCGCUGCCCACUAACAGCCGAGCACAGGCCUCAAGUGUUACAAACAGCAGGCCUCCGACAGCUGGCGUGCAAACCAACAGGCCAUCGACUCCAUCAACGCCAGGGAGCAGACCUGUGACCCCAAACAGCUUGCUGUCACGGCCGCUUACUCCUAGCAGUCAAGGAAAUAAGGAAAGCAUCAUCAGUUUGCAUAGAAGUAGAUCUUUGACGUCAAAGAGCCAAAUGGGGAGGACCCUCAGUGCUGCUUCAGGGCUCUCUGUGCAAAUGAGUGGAGAUGUUGUCACUGUCACUGCUCAAAGAAGCAGUUUGUCAGAAGUAAGAUUUUCAAUUUAAUAAUGAUGUUUUGAGUAUGGUUAAGAGCUACUAUAACAUGAAGACAAGAUCGUGUUUUACAUUGAAGUGGUGUCAAUAUACCUAAUGUUAAUGUUUUGAAAAGAACUUGAAACAUAAUACUGAGAAAAGUUGCAGGAAAUACUGCUCAACUUUGAGACGUAUUGAUGAGAAAAUUUCAGGAUUAUUGUGGAAAUUGUAAUGAAACACUCAUGCCCCAAAAUUUUCAGAGAUUGGUAGGGUUUUGCCUGCAUAAUGCACUGCAGAUUUAUUAGCCUUACAGUUUCUGAGUUGCAUAUUUCUGGACUAUUAAAUACAACUAUAUCUUAUCUUUAUGAUUCCAGGGUAUUUUUCCUGCUGCACUGACAGUGCAUAAUAUUUCCUUGGUCUAAUUGUUCUUUUUUUUUAUGCACUGGAAUGGUUAGCUAGUCAUUGCUGAAUGGACGUAUUUUCUGAAAUAAAAAGCUGAACUGUAGUGGGAAAAUGUCCAAUAUUGCUGAACAACUGUCUAGUACUAUUGUGCAUGUUAGCUAGACUUAUUCAGAGCAUAAGAACUUCCUGUCUUAUAUUAAUGGCUUUUACAGGAUUAGUCUUUGUAUGAAAAGAGAAGUUAAAGUAUCUUGUAAUUCUGAGUGGGAUUCUCCUCUGCAAACCUUAGCUGCCUUAAAGAUAACUUUAGUGUGUAGGCAGUGGAAAUAAAAGAAUCUGUGAAAGAAUAGCCCUGCUGUCUAUCUCAGAUGCACGCCUCACUAAGAUGAGUUUUUCUCAGGAAAUGCCAGUCUGAUGAGAAGAAUCUGUAUGUUCAGUGGUGGAAAAAAAUACCAGUGCAUUAAUCCCAUUGCUUGAGCUAGUUCUCCACCCAGAAUUGGAAAUCCAACUUAAAAAUACAAGGAUUAAAGAGGCUAAAGUUGAUAGAUUUUCAAGUUAGACAUUUUCCAUGAAAAAAAUCUGUGAUUGUAACUUUUUUUUUUUUGUCCCCUGUUUGGAGGGAUGAAUGUGUUUGUAUGAUGACAUUUUCUCACCAAAAAAUGAGAAUUGAAGUUCAUUUUGUAACUAAGAAUGUUCAGAAGAAAUGAAAGGUCUCCUUGUUUCCCAUUAAAAAACUUCAAUUUUAUUUUAUUUUUAUCUUUUCUGUCUUCACUGAUACAUAGUCAGGUAAUGUUAACUUCUGUUGUUGUAAUGGAUCCUGGAAGUGCCAUGUAAUGAGCACUGCAUCUCUGCCGAGGGACAGCAACUCUCAGAUCCCUUCUGAUCUUUCCUCUAAUAAGGCAGUCAGUUAAAAAUUCUUACUUCCACAGUAUUUGCUGGUAACGGUAAUGAUAAUCUUGAAAAUCUAUUUCUAUUUGCUGUGAUUUGUUAUUUCUGUUUGCCAAAUCCCAAACUUUACUGAUACAUCUUCUAGUAAUAAUGUCUCGUUAUCUGUUUUUGAUGCGUGCGUGUGUAUAAGGUACUUUAAGAAAAGUACAGUACUGUUACCCCGUUUUACAGAUGGAAUAACAUGUCCAGUCUCAUCCAGCAAGACCACUGUAAAGCUGAUAUCAGAUGUCAGCAUUCCUGUGCAAGAUCUUAUCCACUGUUGUGAUCCCUGCUAGAAGUGACAAACUUUUCUUUCUCUUUGCUUACUGGACAGAAUAGCAUGUUGGCUACUGAUGACCCAGAUCCAAAACAUGUUUGUCCCUUCCUGACACGUGCAAGUGACCUUUGACUUCAUCAGAGCUCCCCUGGGGACUAGCUCUGAUUCCAAGGGGAAAAUGGCUGGUAUGGCAUGUUCAUGCUCAGGUCUCAAAAAUUGGUUGAUGGAGAUCUGGCCAACCUGUAGCUGCCAGCCUCAUGGCUGGGGGGUUCUGCUGGAAACUUUGGGAGCUCUUUUAAGCCAUCUUUGCUCAUUCCAGGUCCUGGUAGCUUAGAAAAACACAAGAGAAUGAGGACAGAACAUCCCCAGAAAGUAUUGCUGUUCGAUAAUAUCUUUUGCUAUGUGAGAGGUGUCUAUUUCUGCCCAUGUGAUUUCUCUUUGAGCAUAGAGUCAAAUUUUGGAAAAUCUAAGGUAGCCUGAGGAAUAUGAACAAUGAAGUUCUUUGUACUUGUGCAGAUUACAAAUGUAUAAAACUAAAAGCUGAUACUGUAUAUUAUUUUGCAAAUUUCAUUAUAGGUUUUGUAUCUUCUUCCUGUAUAAAAAACAGUAAAAUAAAAUAAGGGAAGUUGCCUUUAUUCUUCUUAGACUUAAUGGUGUGAGCAGGGAAUUUCCAUUAGAUGUGAAUGCAUUGUGGUUACGUUGCCAGCCCUAUAUGAGAUACUCGGAUAAUAUUUUGCAAAGAAUUCUGCUUCCUUGCUCUUAUGUGGUGUUAAUGGAAUUAAUCAGUACAUAGCUGGUACAUAUGCAAUGAGAAUAACUCAGUUCAAAAGGAAGCAGCUACUGAGUACCAUCAGCACAUUUUAUCAUUUGGAGCUUGAAUUAAAGAAUACAGCGUGUGCAUGAAUUUACGCUGUCACUAUGCCAUUUAUGAGGACAUUUAACAUAUCACUAAAUACAUUAUACAUGCUUCCUAGUUUGUAAUAUGUUUCAGAGUACAAUAAGUCUAAAAUACAAAAAUAUUCAGAGUACAAUUCAGAGUUCUUAGUAAGUUUUAGUAAAGUCCAUGCUGGUUUAAUCUUGUUAUAGCACACAUCUUAAAUAAUCUGGCGAAUACUUAACAUAUCAGCUGUUAAGAAUUUUAUUUUAAUGCUCAAAACUUAUAAUGAUCUGAGAUUUUGUGGACAAGUUUCUGCCUCUUGGCACACAUAGUACUAC